GCGAGGCGACCCGGAGAGAGCUAGUCAUUUUGAAGAGCGCAAAGACAGCGAGGAACUCCUCAUUUCACUUCAGCUGAUAUUUAUUUAUUUAUCUAUUUAUUCUGAGCCUUGCUUUGGGAUGAACAGACUGCUUCUGAACUUUUUCUGGGUGGCAGCAUUCAGCGCACUCCUUUCAGCGCCGGGGCUCCGGGCUUCCCCAGUGGUUGGGCAGGAACCUAUCCGCUGCGCCCCGUGCUCCCCGGAGCGGCUGGCCGAGUGUCCUGCGGUGGAUGCCGGCUGUGAGGAGGUGCUUCGAGAGCCGGGCUGCGGCUGCUGCCUCGCCUGCGCGUUGAAGAGAGGUGACCCGUGCGGGAUCUACACUGCGCCCUGCGGCUCGGGGCUCCGCUGCUUGCCGAAACCUGGAGAAGCCCGACCCCUGCACGCUCUCACCCGAGGACAGGCGGUGUGCACUGAGACCCCCGAGCCUGAUCAGAGCCAAAGCGACACAACGCCAGAUCAUCCUGAGUCCAACAACGGGGCAAUGUCCGUGAAUGAAGGCAGCUCAGCGGUCUUCGUGCCCGGGCACGGCAAGCCCUUCGACCCGCGGGUCAUCACUGCUAAAGAGAGCAUGAAGGCCAAAGUCAACGCUAUACGCAAGAAACUGGUGGAGCAGGGUCCUUGUCAUAUGGAACUGCAGACGGCCCUUGACAAGAUCACUAAAUCACAGCAGAAACUGGGAGACAAAAUGACCAGAUUCUACCUUCCCAAUUGCGACAAACACGGUCUAUACAAAGUCAAACAGUGUGAAUCGUCUCUGGAUGGUCAGAGGGGGAAGUGUUGGUGUGUGUCAUCCUGGAAUGGGAAGAAGAUUCCUGGAUCAAGUGACCUGCCAGCAGAUGCCGAGUGUCCCGAGGAACUCAACCACUGAUCUGUCUCACACACAUACACACACACACACACACACACACACACACACACACACACACACACACACACACAUAUAGGGGGACCUAAAGAGCCACACACACACAUGUAAUACCACUGAAUUUUAUCAUUAUAUUUUUUAAAAAUAUCUUAGUAUUUAUUUAUUGUUAGUGGUGAUAUUUAAUUCAGGUACACUGUUUUUGAUUGGUAAAUUCCCUGAACUCUCCAAAAAAAAAAGAAAGAAAAAAAAAAGAAAAUCUAUUUUUCUGUAUAGAAAAUAUGUAUUUUACAUGAAGUACCCAUACUUAUUUAUUUAAACUGAAUGUAUUCAUUUCGAUAUCUGGAUAAGAAUAUUUAUUCCUCAUGCCUUAUACAUAUUUUUGUAUGGUGUAAAUCUGUAUAUUUGAUGUAUAUAGAUUACUGUGUCUUUUGUCUUAAACUUCCUCCAGGCUUGCUUUGUUGGAAAGGAAUGAAAUGGAAAAAAGCACUGCAUGACCAAACCUCUUUGUCACUGUCCGUACUUUGCCAUAUUUUUAUACUGUAUGUGUUUUUUUUAUUAUAUUUUACUAAUGAAUUUCAUUGUUUUUGUUUAUAAUGAUUGAGAUUAGAUGGACAUAAAAGUGGGAAGCUUUUUUCCCAGGAUUCUGUGUUUAUUUUUUACAUUCAAAAGUAUUGAUCUUUACAGCUUUUGAAACGGGUAACUGCCUGUUCCUACCUCUGUCUUUUAAGUUUAUCAAAUGGGCUAUUUUUAUGUUUGUAAAAUACUUUCCUGUAUGAUCAAAAGUGAUAUUGCAGUCUUAUUGUAUUUGUCAAUCCUAUUUGUGUUGUCUACAUACUGUGGUCCAUUUUUUUUUUUUUUGCGAUGCAAUGUCUACACUGAGGAAAAGAGAUUCAGACGUUGCUUCACUCCAAAGCAUUUGUUCGUGUGUGUAUAACAUAUUUUUCAUGGUUUGUAAUUGUAUGUCAUUGUGGGUAAAAAAAAAUAAUUAUUUAAUAAAUCAUCUUUACAAGCAA